AUGCACAUCCUCUCCAUUCUGCAACAACGUUGGAUAUCAUCGGCCAAAAAGCGCAAGAGUAUUCGAUUCCAAGAGGAUCCAGAAUGGCAACCAGACGAUCGAGUGGUUCUCUUCCAGCACUUCUUCAAAGAUCAAGGCAGUCUGUUGCUACUGGAUUGCUCCUACGCAUCAGGCGUAGCUAUACCAAGUCUUUGA